CCCCCGGCAGUGACGUACGCUCCCUCGUGGGGACACCCGUACGGGGGCGGCUGGCCGGCCAAGUCUGCUGUGUAUCAUUACCCAGGGGGCCACUGGCGGCCGCCGUCACCGACGUCUGCCCACCGGGUGGCUCCAGAGCUGAGGUACUACCCGCCAGUCUAUCGCGUAGCUCCGGAGCUCAGCCCGCCUGACCCGCGAGGGGCGCCAGAGUUGAGCCCGUAUCCACCGGUCCAUCGCGUGGCCCCGGAGCGGAGCCCGCCUAUGCGGCGAGUAGCUCCGGAGCGGAGCCCGCCUGUCCGUAGGCUAGCUCCGGAGCGGAGCCCGCACUCGCCAGUACGCCGCGUGGUUCGCAGCCGUUCGCACUCUCCGCUAGACGGGAGGCACCACAGACGCUCGCCUGAUGAUGACAGUCGCCGCUCGAGAAGUAGAGAGCGAAGAGUAAGUCCAGUGAGAACUGUGAAAAGGCGGAACUCUGAACAAGAGUCCGAACACCGGCGUUCCCCGGUGCAACGGAGGAGUCCGAUUCGCUACAUGGGGCGACCAAGUCCCGAACGAAGACGAAGCAGAGAAAGAGGCACAGAACGGAGACGAAGCAGAGAAAGAGGCACAGAACAGAGGCGAAGCAGAGAAAGAGGCACAGAACGGAGACGAAGUAGAGAAAGAAGCGCAGAUCGAAGGCAAGGCAGAGAAAGGAGCCCAGAACGAAGAUUUGGUAGGGAUAGACGAGACAUUAAAAGGGGAUCGAGCACGGAGCGAACAAGCUACAGGCGAAGGACCCCAGAUCGAGUACGGAACAGGCUUCGAAGUCCAGAACGAACAUUGGGCAGGCAUCGGAGUCCCGAGGAAAUGCUUGUUAGAGAACCGAGUCUUGAGCGGUUACUGAGUGGGGAGCUGGGUCUCCUCGAACCAGGGAUUCCUGAACCUAUGUUUGAAGAGCGAAGGAGCCUCGAGCGAAGUAGAAGGGAUUCAAUGACCCCUGAAAGAUUGCUGAGGCGAGAGCGCUUGAGAGCCGAGCGAUCGUUGCGAAGACCCGACAGGGAAGGAAGGAGCCGCGAGCGCAGAAGUCACGAGCGGAUCGGACACUCGGAGGAUUAUGCGGGCACGAGCGGGGAGCGGGUGCCCAGUCCCCUCUCGCUGCUGAAGGACUCUCUGAAGCCGCCUGAGGACCCCAGCAGCCCCCACGCGCUGCUGCUGAAGGCGCUGAACCGGCCCGAGUCGGGCGCCAGCGGCCGUGUCAGUCCGCACGCGCUGCUCAUGAAGGCACUGAACCGGCCGCUCGGUCCGCCCGAACAGCUGAGUGUGUCGGAGGAGAGGAGCCGCGGCGCACUCUCCCUGGAGCGCAGCCGCUCCGACCGUAGCCGGUCUGUGCGCAGCCGCGAGAGGAUCACCCCGGAUAUGGACGACCUGCCGGCGCGCAGGUCACGCGACCGAGUCGGACCGCGUCGCGAGAGGUCCCCUGAGCCGCCGGUGGAUGGGCCCAGUCUGCUGUCGCUGUUCCCUCUCAGCACAGUGUUGGAACGGUCAAGGAGCCGGUCCAGGGGGCGAGACCGCAGGUCACCGGCUCGAGUGACCCAAAAUCAGCCAUCUAGGAGGAACCGCCGUGACUCGGCCGGCCGAGGCCGGUCAGCAGACCGUUCCCGGCGCAGCAGGGAGCCGACGAGGGCGGGGUCUGCGGGACACGCGCGGUCGUCACGGGACGAGACCCACGAUCGGCAUGGCAAUGUCAGGAUCAAGAAUGAAGGCGCGAGACUGGCGUCUGGAGUCGUGUCCGGAUACCGGGACCGGCACGGUAAUCCCAGGAGAGUCAGCGGCGGCAGCAAGACGGACGACCUGGGCGAAACGGCGGCGGGAAACGCGCCCCAGAAACUGACUAACGGAGACGACCGAGAGCGGCAGCACGGGGGUUCGAGGACAGAGAGGGAAAAGGCCGAGCUGCCUGACUCGAAAUCGGGCGGUAAGAAGGCAAAUCCGUCUCGAGAUGGUCGCGACUCGCCUAAAAAAGCUGACACGGCGGAAGAAUCUAAAGUCGAGAAGCCUUCCAGCGAACAAAAGGCUAGUUCUAAGGUGAGCACCGCAGAUGAUAAGACUGUAAAGGAUGAUUCGAAAAAUGAGAAAGCUGGUACAGGAAAAGAUUCUAAAAUCGAGAAACCCUCGGAAGAGAGCACCUCAAAGGAUAAACAAGUUACACCGAAGGCGAACGCAAGUACUGCUGAUAAGGUUGUGAAGGAUCCUUCGGAAAAUGAGGAAGCUGAUACGGCGAAGGAUUCUAAAAUCGAGAAACCCUCGGAAGAGAGCACCUCAAAGGAUAAACAAGUUACACCGAAGACAAACGCAAGUACUGCUGAUGAGGUUGUGAAGGAUCCUUCGGAAAAUGAGGAAGCUGAAACGGCGAAGGAUUCUAAAAUCGAGAAACCCUCGGAAGAGAGCACCUCAAAGGAUAAACAAGUUACACCGAAGGCGAACGCAAGUACUGCUGAUAAGGUUGUGAAGGAUCCUUCGGAAAAUGAGGAAGCUGAUACGGCGAAGGAUUCUAAAAUCGAGAAACCCUCGGAAGAGAGCACCUCAAAGGAUAAACAAGUUACACCGAAGGCGAACGCAAGUACUGCUGAUAAGUUUGUGAAGGAUCCUUCGAAAAAUGAGGAAGCUGAUACGGCGAAGGAUUCUAAAAUCGAGAAACCCUCGGAAGAGAGCACCUCAAAGGAUAAACAAGUUACACCGAAGGCGAACGCAAGUACUGCUGAUAAGGUUGUGAAGGAUCCUUCGGAAAAUGAGGAAGCUGAUACGGCGAAGGAUUCUAAAAUCGAGAAACCCUCGGAAGAGAGCACCUCAAAGGAUAAACAAGUUACACCGAAGGCGAACGCAAGUACUGCUGAUAAGGUUGUAAAGGAUGCUUCGAAAAAUGAGGAAGCUGAUACGGCGAAGGAUUCUAAAAUCGAGAAACCCUCGGAAGAGAGCACCUCAAAGGAUAAACAAGUUACAUCGAAUGAGAAGCCAAGUGCUGAUGAUGAGAUUGUGAAGGAUGCUUUGGAAAAUGAUAACCUUGCCCCGAAGGUUGCGGAUCAGAAAGAAAAAGUAUCUCUUCCUGAAGAAAUUCCUAUCAAGAAAGAAACUGAAGCAAAGCCUGCUGUAGCUACCGAAGCUACCAAACCCGAACCAGAGACAGAGUCGGAAUGCAAACCAGAUACGGAUUUGAAGCCAAAGGCCGAGCCGAAAGCGACUGAACCGAAACCGGGUUCACCUCAAGCGCCACCAGAAUCUGUCGAGAAAUCAGAGCCUGAUCGGCAGUCGAAGUCGAACGAAAAACCAGUGGUGGUUGAGUCACCUGAACCAGAAGCAAAGCGUGACAUGGCAAAAACCUCACAACCUGAACAGAGCUCCGAAUCUGCUGAGAAGCCCGAGUUGCGUCUGGAAUCUGAUUCCAAACCUGAGCCAGUUGACCCAGGGCACAACGUGAAACCAGAGGCGGAAGAAAAGCCAGAGUCUGACAAGGACCAGGAAUCCACCGGUCACUCAGAGCCGAUGGAGACAACAGAUUCUGAUAAGCCUGGUUCGUCUACGGAGACCAAGGUGGAGGAGACGUCAACAUCCGAACCUAUGCCGGAGUCUAAGUCGGAUAAUACAGAGUUGCAGGAAAAGUUGGGCCGACCACCCAGCGUAGAUGUAGAUCAGAAAUCUACGUCGGAGACGAAUUCUAAGUCUGAAGAAAAUGUAGAAGAAAAAUUAAACUCGCAGGCUGUGUCAGGACCAAAAGAGACACCGGAAUCAGAUCAGCCUGUUAGCGUUUCAGGGGAGGUGAAGCCCAGCUUGGAAGUAGAACAGAAACAGACAGCUGUACAGAGCCCAGAUGUGAAGAUGGAGUCCAGUCCGGCACAAGGAGCAGAGUGUGACCGGAAGCCGACCGAAGUGAACACAUCACAGGCAAAACAGAACCUGGAGCCAGAUCAGUCAGAGCAAGGAAACAAACCUGACCGUGAGAACAAAACCGAAACGGAGCAAAAAGAGGUCGAGCCGGGACUAAAUCAGGACAAUGAGAAAGCAGACCAAGGACAAAAGCGUGCACUCGCCGAAGAUCCUGAGCCAGCACUGACAGCCGAGUCAGAGAAAAAGAUGGCAAAAUUAGAAACGGAUCAGGGCGGAGAGCAAGAAACCGGAUCAGCUCAACAGAAAAGUGAACCAACACCUAAGAGCGAGCAACCUUCACAGCCUCAAACCAGCACUGAGGCAGAACAGAAGACCCAGACAUCCACAGACCAAUCUGAGCCGGAGCCGAGCCCUGACCAAAAGUCCGGAGCGGGGACUGCGCUGACGGCCAGCGCCGCCCGUCGAGCUCGCCAACGGAAGACAGAGCUGAGACUGAAGGCGGUACGAGAGGCACGGCGACGGCGCCUGGUACGGAACGGACUGCCGGCCGAGGCGGCUGGCCGGCCCCGCAGGGCGCGCCGCUCCUCCCCCGAGCGCUGUAAGGAGCCGACUCCCCCGCCCGAGGUGUUCUACACACUGGAGAACGGAGCCAUCAGCGAGCUGACCGCCGAGCGACGCGGCCUGGUGCUCAGCCGCGACGGCACCGUCGAAAAGGUCGACUUUUACGCGAUCCGCGGCGGCAAAAUCGUCCGUGUUGAUCGUGAGGAGGUGCGUCGCUCUCUGGCGGAGGCAGAGGGAAAGAGCGGCGCGGGCGGGGAAGGGACAGAGGCGAGUGACUCUUCCUCGUCCGUGGACGCUGGCGGAGGUGGCGGUGGUGACAAAGUCACAGAGACAAAAAGUGACGCUGCCGCGGCGAAAAACAGCGCGCCUGUGACUGUGAACACUGCCGUGAGCGACAGCAAUGGGCCGUCAGAGGGUGCACCGGCGGCUGCUGCAAGUGAGGCCGCUACUGCCGCGAGUGAGACAGUCUAGUCCCGGGACGGAGGUGGGUGCCUGACGAGUGGCAUCCCUCCCUUUGAGUGGCACGGGGGAGUGUCUGCGAUCCCGGGCGAUAGGUACUGUCUGACCCUGCGAGUACCCGUGCGGUCGCAGCGGGACUCGACCUAGCAUUUGUUACUUCAGUGGAUUGGUGUUUCACAUCACUGGGUCAUGGACGGCAUGUGUGUGUGUGUUCCGUAUACGUGUGCACUGUGCAGGAUCAUAUGUAUAUGUUUGACUUGGAGUGGACCUUGCUGCAUUGGCUGCUUGUGGCUCACGGAAACAUUGGAACGUUCAUGAGUUGACUAUCGGUAAUUUUCCCCCGACUUGUGGUCAGUAGCGUAUUUUGUCGAUAGAUGUCAGCACUUGUCACCAACGCCUGACCGUGAGCCGUUUCUGUCGAACGCUGAUUCGGGCAUCUGGCUUUGAGUACAAAACACGCCUUUGUUGGUGCUUUCUUGCUUCGCUUUCGGACAAUUUCAUCGGGAUUUGAUUCAAUAUGAUAUCCAGCAAACACUGAAAAUGCGUUGAUGUUCACUUGACGUAAAACAUAUUUCACAUAGCCACGAAAGUCGAGCGCUCAGGACGGCCCAUAUUUUUGACAAUGUCUUAUGUUAGUGUGUUUGUGUGCUAGUGGUUUCAUUUGGGUGGGGUUUUGUUGAUCACGUUGAUGCAUUCAAGCUGGGCAGUGAUUGGUGAUUCCAGCUUUGCGUCCAGAAUGGCGGGCCACUCAGCGAUAAUACAUGCGUCAUAGUCAUGA